ACGAAGGAGUCGUCUGGCCAACAUUCCCAGGAGCCGUUUCAACUAACCCGUUUCGCCGCGGUUCUCCAACGCAUCAAGAGGCACACUUACGCGUCUGGCCAACAAUGCUCGGAGCCGGCAUCCGUUGCCAACAAAUCCAAAAUGUAUACUCCCCCCCGGAAACGGUGUACGAGUACCCCUAGGCGCUCCGAACCCACGCAUCCAUAUGUUUUACUUCCCCUCUUGUACAUAAUUUUUGAUCUUUUGAUCCGUGCACCCUUGGCGCCUCAUUCGGGCAGCCUGCACGUGCACGUUAAAUAUCCAGAACUCACACACACACACACACUUCAGGAUCAAGGCAGCGGAAGUGCAAUACCUAUCUUGGCCCAUGUCGAUAGCGUGCGUUUUGGGCCAGACUUGGACGGUUUCCGUUCAAUUUCCUGUGUGUCAGUAUGGUCGGGCCAGCUUCGGAAGUUGGGACAAAUCCCAGUAUUUGCAAAAGCGAUGGCAUGCACUGUACCUAGUGUUGCUCCAACUUCUGUGGUGGUCUUGUAUUUGCCCUCGAUGGAGAUGCCGGCACUCGUAGUUGGCAGGCGACCAGCUUGUGCGUUGUCCAGUACUAACUCACUGGACCAUUUCUGGCGCGUGAAAACUCAGACUCGUACCGCGCCCACGAGCAACGACGAUUAGUUUGUUGUCGAGAGUGUUGCACGACAAUUUGUGGCUUACACAAGCAAGUCUUAGAUGCCGAAGAUUUCUGAUUUCUGCUUUGAUCA